CUUCCGGUGUUACCCAAACAAACUCCUCUGGGUCAAAAUUCUUCCGGAUUUAAAUGUUUCUUCUUACUUCGUUAGCUUUUAAAUGAAACUGACACCGACAGCGGUGUGUUUUAGCAGCUGAAGGCGCGCAGACCUCCUCAUGACGCCGCCGGCGCCUCGGAGGUGACCGGGACACUCGACCCAGCAUGUCGCUGUGGUUCUCCGCCUGGGAGCGCCGCCUGCUGCCCCUGGCCGGGUCUCGGUGUCUCACGGCGGGCAGGUGUAGACGAGCCGAGCCGCUGCGGCAUGUCACCGCCCGGAGGAGCUGCUCCACGGGUCAGGGGGAGGUCAGGGUCAGGUUCGCCCCAAGCCCGACAGCAGGCUUCUUACACCUCGGCGGUCUCAGAACUGCUCUCUACAAUUACAUCUUUGCAAAGAAGUAUGAAGGCAAGUUCAUCCUGCGACUUGAGGACACUGAUCAGAGCAGGCUGGUUCCUGGAGCUGCGGAGUCCAUCGAGGACAUGCUGGAGUGGGCUGGAAUUCCUCCUGAUGAGAGUCCUCGUCGAGGCGGGCCUCUCGGUCCGUACCUGCAGUCUCAGAGACUACAUCUCUACACGCAGACAGCCCAGCAGCUUGUUGAGAGCGGUCACGCUUACCGCUGUUUCUGCAGCUCCCAGAGACUGGAACUGCUCAAGAAGGAGGCCUUAAGGUCUGGGCAGACACCAAGAUAUGACAACAGGUGCCGUCACCUGCGUCCUGAGCAGGUCCAGGAGAAGCUGGCUCAGGGAGUGCCACACGUGAUCAGAUUUCGUCUGGAAGAGGGCGUCGAGCCUUUUCAGGAUCUGGUCUUUGGUUUGAAUCGACACGAGGUGGCUCAGGUGGAAGGAGACCCUGUGGUGAUAAAAGCAGACGGUUUCCCCACCUAUCACCUGGCUAACAUCGUAGAUGACCAUCACAUGAAGAUCAGUCACGUGCUGCGAGGGUCCGAGUGGCUCAUCUCCACCUCCAAACACCUCCUCAUGUACAAAGCUCUCGGGUGGCGGCCGCCCGCCUUCGGACACCUGCCGCUGCUGAUGAACAAGGACGGCAGCAAGCUGUCCAAGAGGCAGGGGGACAUUUUCAUUCAGAGCUACCAGAGGGACGGCGUCCUGCCCGAAGCGCUGCUGGACAUCACAACCAACUGCGGAUCAGGUUUCACUACCAAUCGAAUGGGCCGCAGCAUAGAUGACCUGAUUUCAGAGUUCAACCCUUCAAAGAUCACAACUCAUUCUGCUUUAUUAGACCUGGAAAAAUUACCAGAGUUCAACAGAAUCCACCUGCAGCAGCGGAUAGAAGAUGAGGAGCAGUGUCGUUUAUUAAUAAAAGACCUGCAGAGAGAAAUUCAGCAGGUCCACGAAGCAGAGAUCCAGGACAGAGACGUGCUGCACGAAGACUACAUCAGACGAGUGCUGCUUCUGCGGAAGGGCCACAUAUCCUCCGUGAAAGACAUGCUGAGCCCUCUGUACGCCUACCUGUGGGUGCGGCCUUCCAUCUCCAGCCAGCAGGUGGCGGCGCUCACGGGCGAGGCGCAGCUCAUCGCCUCUUCAGUGUUGAGGUUGAUAGAGGAGCGCGGCGAGGAUCUGUCAGUGGAGCGACUCAGUAAAGACCUGAAGACCGCGGCCAAGCAGGCGAAAACCACCAAGUACAGAGACGUGAUGAAGCUGCUGCGACUGGCUCUGAGCGGUCUGCAGCAGGGGCCCAGUGUGGCGGAGAUGAUGGCGUCUCUGGGAGCAGCGGAGGUCAGCCGACGCCUCCAGAAGCUUCUGCUGCUUCCGGAUGCGAGCUGACGAGCAAACGGCCUCAAGUCCUGCUCACCGGCUGAGAGGAACCUCACGGACUUACUGAGAAUCACACACUUUAUCUGAUGUCACACUUGAAUUAUUUAUAUAAAGGCUUGUGAACUCAUUUGAUGCACGUUGAUUUAUUUAUUUUUUGUGAAGAGAGCAUGCCAUUACAGGAACGUCUGACACCAUGCAGCCACCGGAUGGGAAGUACCUCGGUGUGUUUUAUGCAAAUUAGCCUCCGUUUUACUGUGAAACUGGUAACAGGACAUUUUCCAUCCCUUGGUUAAUAAAACAAUGAUGAAAACCCAAAGUACUGCCUGAUGCUGAGAGGAAAUAAAUGUGAAUAUCAGGCUUUUCUCAUUCAUAUAUACUCAACUUCUGCAAACAAGAGCUUUAUUUUUCUUUAAAAUAGCACUUUGGCAGAUUUACUGCAGUUCCAUACUUAAAAUGUGAAAAACCUUCACUCCCUUUUAGUUACAUUUCUAUCAUCAAGGGCAGUUUAUUUUUAACCUUCCGAGGAAUAUUUAUUUGAAUAUUCCAGUAUGAAUUUGAAUUCAUACUGUGAAAUGCAUCAACACUCUUAGUGUUGUGCAAAGCGUUUUAAGUCCGUCUCACAAUGACUUUCCUGUUAUUUACAGCAGGUUUUUCACUAGAAAAGACGUGAAAUCCACUAUUUAUGUCUGCCGUGUACUUUGAGCUACCUCGCAGGAAGUGCAGAGUUAUUUACAAACUAAAAUAUCUACAGUUUGAGUCUUUCUCUGAUUUUGUGCAUCUUGCCUGCUCACAUACUUUAUAUAAGUGCAUCAAGUUCUCAGUAAAUUGAAGGAACAAGCAUAUUUAUUACAGAGAAAUUAAAGUAUUUGAACGUUUUAAGUUCACGGAAACGUGUUACAGUUGAGUUAAGCGCGUCAAAAUAAACCCAUGUGUGAACACAUGUCGGAAUCAAAAGUAACAUCUGGCACUGUGUGCUUCACAGAGGUGUGUGGAGUGGUUUUCCCCCAGAAAAUCCCCUCUUCCAAGGCUUUGAG